AUGGAAGAUGAGGAAAAACGAGAAAAAAUUACAUUAAAUGAUGGAAAUGAGGAAAUGUCAAAUUUUGAGGUUAUAUUGCCCAACUUUGAGGUUAUAUUGCCCAACUUUGAGUUUAUAUUGCCCAAAUUUGAGGUUAUAUUUCCCAACUUUGUGGUUAUAUUGCCCAACUUUGAGGUUAUAUUGCCCAACUCUGUGGUUAUGUUGCUCAAUAUUGAGGUUAUAUUGCCCAACUUUGAGGUUAUGUUGCCCAAUAUUGAGGUUAUGUUGCCAAACUUUAAGGUUAUAUUGCCCAAAUUUGAGGUUAUGUUGCCCAGUAUUGAGGUUAUGUUGCCUCUAUUUGAGGCUACAUUGUUAAAUUUUGAGGUUAUAUUGCCCAACUUUGAGGUUAUAUUGCCCAACUUUGAGGUUAUGUUGCCCAAUAUUGAGGUUAUGUUGCCAAACUUUAAGGUUAUAUUGCCCAACUUUAAGGUUAUGUUGCACAGUAUUGAGGUUAUGUUGCCUCUAUUUGAGGCUACAUUGUUAAAUUUUGAGGUUAGAAUGUCAAAUUUUGAGGUUAUAUUGCCCAACUUUGAGGUUAUAUUGCCCAACUUUGAGGUUAUAUUGCCCAACUAUGUGGUUAUAUUGCCCAACUUUGAGGUUAUAUUGCCCAACUUUGUGGUUAUGUUGCUCAAUAUUGAGGUUAUGUUGCCAAACUGUAAGGUUAUAUUGCCCAAAUUUGAGGUUAUGUUGCCUAGUAUUGAGGUUAUGUUGCCUCUAUUUGAGGCUACAUUGUUAAAUUUUGAGGCAUCAUUGAGGCCACAAGUUUAUGUAAUUAAUAUGAAAGUUUUAAUUGAAAAUAUUCUUUAUCACAUUUCAUUUACUCUGAACAGCACAGAACAACAGACUCGGUUGAUUGAGAGGUGUGUUGAACUUCACUUCGUUGCACUUCGUUACGUUCAACUGUUUAUAGAUUACAGUAGGUUUAUAGGUUACAGGUGUGUUGAACUUCACUUCGUUGCACUUCGUUACGUUCAACUGUUUAUAGAUUACAGUAGGUUUAUAGGUUACAGGUGUGUUGAACUUCACUUCGUUGCACUUCGUUACGUUCAACUGUUUAUAGAUUACAGUAGGUUCAUAGGUUACAGGUGUGUUGAACUUCACUUCGUUGCACUUCGUUACGUUCAACUGUUUAUAGAUUACAGUAGGUUUAUAGGUUACAGGUGUGUUGAACUUCACUUCGUUGCACUUCGUUACGUUCAACUGUUUAUAGAUUACAGUAGGUUUAUAGGUUACAGGUGUGUUGAACUUCACUUCGUUGCACUUCGUUACGUUCAACUGUUUAUAGAUUACAGUAGGUUUAAAGGUUACAGGUGUGUUGAACUCCACUUCGUUGCACUUCGUUACGUUCAACUGUUUAUAGAUUACAGUAGGUUUAUAGGUUACAGGUGUGUUGAACUCCACUUCGUUGCACUUCGUUACCAAAAGCAACAUCAUCUCAUUACACUGAAACCGGCAAUUUAUCAUUUGUGUAGAGCAGAAAUUAUUAUUAUUAUAGAGUAA